AUGGGUUCUUCAGAAGGAAACAACAUCAACGACGGAACCAGUUUUCAGCCAUCGGAGCCGUCUCCUUGCGCCAACGGCUGCGGAUUCUUCGGCUCUGCAGCGACGAUGGGUCUCUGCUCGAAGUGUUACUCUUAUGUACGGAUCGAGAAGGAAGGAGCCGCUUCCGCCAAGAUUGCCAUGGAAAAGAUCGUCGGUAUCGUGGGCCCAUCAUCUGCAGCGGUGGAAGAGAAAGUUGUAAAGGAGGCGGUGACGUCGGUGGUGGCGGCGGAGGAGAAGAAGGUGGUUAGCAAUAGGUGUUUGAGUUGUAACAAAAAGGUGGGCUUGACAGGGUUCAAGUGCAAGUGCGGUAAUUUUUUCUGUGGGACGCACAGGUAUCCGGAGAAGCAUGAUUGUACCUUUGACUUCAAGGUACAAGGAAGGGAAGCUAUUGCCAAGGCUAAUCCUAUAAUAAAGGCUGAUAAAAUUCAAAGGUUUUGA